CGAGGCUGGAUGCUUGCCCAACAUGGCGGCGCGCUAGAAGCGUAACAUCUGCGUUUCUAGGCGCUUCGCUCUGCGGGUGGCUUAAGACUCUGGAGUUAUAGAGGCCUAAUCCAAACCGGUCAUCUGGAAGAAACUUUGACUUCAGAUAUGGCUCUGAGUAAAUCAAUGCAUGCAAGAAAUAGAUACAAGGACAAACCUCCUGACUUUGCAUAUCUGGCAACCAAAUAUCCAGAUUUUAAGCAGCAUGUUCAGAUAAAUCUGAAUGGAAGAGUGAGUCUUAAUUUUAAAGACCCGGAAGCAGUCAGAGCUCUGACCUGUACUCUUCUAAAGGAAGAUUUUGGACUUUCUAUUGAUAUUCCAUUGGAAAGACUGAUUCCUACAGUUCCCUUGAGACUCAACUACAUUCAUUGGGUGGAAGAUCUGAUUGGUCAUCAGGACUCUGACAAAAAUACUCUCCGAAGAGGAAUUGACAUAGGUACUGGCGCAUCCUGCAUCUAUCCUUUACUUGGAACAACCUUAAAUGGCUGGUAUUUCCUUGCAACAGAAGUAGAUGACAUGUGCUUCAACUAUGCGAAGAAAAAUGUGGAACAGAAUAAUUUGUCUGAUCUUAUAAAAGUGGUAAAAGUACCACAGAAGACACUCCUGAUGGAUGCUCUUAAAGAAGAAUCUGAGAUAAUCUAUGAUUUUUGCAUGUGCAACCCUCCCUUUUUUGCCAAUCAGUUGGAAGCCAAGGGAGUAAACUCUCGAAAUCCUCGGAGACCUCCACCUAGUUCCGUAAAUACAGGAGGUAUCACAGAAAUCAUGGCAGAAGGAGGUGAAUUAGAGUUUGUUAAAAGGAUCAUCCAUGACAGUUUACAACUUAAAAAAAGAUUAAGGUGGUAUAGCUGUAUGCUGGGGAAAAAAUGCAGCCUGGCUCCUCUGAAGGAAGAACUUCGCAUACAAGGGGUUCCUAAAGUUACCUACACUGAGUUCUGUCAAGGUCGGACAAUGAGAUGGGCUUUAGCUUGGAGUUUUUAUGAUGAUGUUACAGUACCAUCACCACCCAGUAAGCGAAGAAAAUUAGAGAAGUCAAGGAAACCCAUUACAUUCGUAGUGUUGGAGUCUGUGAUGAAAGAAUUGUCCCUUAAAGCAUCGUCGUCCCUGGGCUCUGAGACAGUGGAAGGCAUAGUAGUUGUGACAGCAUGGAUUGAAAAAAUCCUCACCGACCUGAAGGUCCAGCAUAAGCGAGUUCCCUGUGGAAAGGAAGAAGUUAGCCUUUUUCUAACAGCAAUAGAAAACUCCUGGAUUCAUUUAAGGAGAAAGAAAAGAGAACGAGUGAGACAAUUGAGAGAAGUUCCCCGAGCUCCUGAGGAUGUCAUCCAAGCCUUGGAGGAGAAAAAGUCCACCCCCAAAGAGUCUGGCAGUAGCCAAGAUUUGGCCCAGGGCCCCCAGGAGAGUGUCUUAUGUGGCCCUGCUCCACAGGAAGGCGAGUCUGCCACUGUUGAGGGCCAUUGCUCAAACCAGGAUCUGCUUUCCCAGGAAGAAAACCCAGAACCCAUGGAGGAUGAAAGGAAUGAGGAAAAGGGAGGGAUGGAGGUUUUGGAGAGUUGUAAAGGCUCUAGCAAUGGAGCCCAGGACCGAGAGGCUUCUGAGCAGUUCAGCAGUCCAGUGUCUGAAAAGGGGAGCCAUCUCCAAGGAGUGGCUGGACAUUACCUAUUCAAGUGUUUGAUAAAUGUGAAGAAGGAGGUGGAUGAUGCUUUAGUUGAAAUGCAUUGGGUUGAGGGCCAGAACAGGGAUUUGAUGAACCAGCUUUGUACCUAUAUACGUAACCAAAUUUUCAGGCUUGUUGCUAGUUAACUUCUUGCACAGUUGGGAAAGUUUCUAUAAAGUAGCCUGCUUUGGGGUGGCAAGAGGCAUUCCACCAUAGGCCCACUGAUAACAUGUGCAAUUAUCUUUAAAAUAAAAUAAACAAAUCUAUUUUAAAACACUCCCUACCCCCACCCCUUUAAAGUUAUUGGACAUUAGUAUGGUAGUUCGUGAGGAAAAAUUGUUACCAGCAUCAACAAAAAGCUUAUCAGUAAACCAAGGAGGGACUUAAACCUUUAAGCUGACCACCUU